UGUCCUUGAUAUGUUACCAAUUUGCUUGUUCGCGACAAUCGCUUGUAAUUGGACGAUUGUCCAGGUGGCUUCCUGCGGUACUCCCGACAUCCUGCGCCAGUCUCCUCGAUCCCUGGGACGACAUGUUCGCCUUUGUCGUGGCUCUGGCUUUAUCAGCCCCUGUGGCUCUUGCCGAAGAGGAAGCAAUGAAGAAUCUAACAACCGUGACCUGGGCACACGCAGUUAACAAUAAGACAUAUCUAGAAGCUGCAUUAGCUAGUGAACUGUCGAUGCUAGAAGCCGAUGUGGUUCUUGGUCAUAUUUCCGGUAAGGACGGCCCCCCCAUUCCUAUAAUGGCGCACCCUCCAUUGACCACUUCAGAUCUCAGCUUGGGCGACUUUCUCACCGGCGUGGCUCAAUAUAAUAAUGUCAAUGCGAAGCAAAAAGGCGUCAAGCUAGACUUCAAGAGCAUUGAGGCCUUUGAGAAGGCGCAGGACAUCAUAGCACCGUUCAGUAAGCCCGAGGUGACGUUUCCACUUUGGUUGAAUGCGGACAUCCUUCCUGGUCCUAUAAAAGCUACGACCAAGCCGGUAGACGCCGAAAAAUUCAUUCAGUUAGCUUCCAAACACCCACGGGCAGUUUUAUCUAUAGGAUGGACCACCAACUAUGGAGGAAACAUAACUGAAGGGGAAUACAGCCGGGAACAAAUAGGAUCCAUGCUUCGUUUAGUCAACGAGCACAACGUCAAUCAAACUGUUACCUUCCCGGUAAGGGCUGGUCUCGCAUCAAAUAGCCAACCGGUGUUACUAGAUUUAGUUCGGGAGACCAGUUCCCUCAACUCCUCAAUCACGGUCUGGUCGAGUGAGGGUGACAACGUGGAAGUAGACCGACUGCGAGCCCUCAUCCUCACCAUGGGCCUCGAAAAGACGUACCUGGAUGUACCCCACGAGCUCGCCGCUAAGCUUCAUUUACCACCUCCCACUAAUACUAAGAAUUAAAUAUGUGAUUGUGUAUUGAUAAAAAAAAAAUAUUAAUAUUAUAGAGAAUUAAGCUGUCUCAAAAUGUCACUAGUA